AAGGAAAAACAAUGCCAAAGAGUGCCACGGUGGAGCAGGGACAGUCCCCUGAGAAGCGGCGACCUGGACCAAGGCUAAGGAUCCCCUCAUCGCUGAGCCAGGGCAGCUGCCAUCGGAAUCGUGGGAGUCGCACCAGACGUACCUUGGCUUCGGCCCUGGAUCGCCUGGUGCAGAUGGAGAAGAAGUUGCUGCUGCAGACCGAGCGGCAUGACCAGCUGCUGAGCAGCCUACAGGAGAGCGGUGGCCCGAGUGCGGCCAAUGCCAGCGUGGACACGCUGAUUCAGGCCUCGGAGCAGGAGGAGCAGACGAGCCAUGGCCGCGGCCAGGGCUGGCAGACGUUCAUGGACUCGGUGAGGUGUCGCCUGAGCGUCAAUCAGGUGGUGCGUCAGGUGCGCAGCGAUGCCACCCUCACGCUGGACUUUGUGGUGCUGCUGGUGGCCGCGGCACUGAUCUCGUGCUUGGGUCUGGUGGGCAACAGCUACCUGCUGCUGUCCAGCAGCAUGCUCAUCUCGCCGCUGAUGGGGCCGAUCAUUGCCGGCACCUUUGGGCUGGUGAUCGCAGACCGGGGACUUUGGUGGCUGGGCUUCAAGAAUGAACUGAUCGGCAUCGCCCUCUCGGCGGGCAUUGGCUUCAUCUUUGGCAUUCUGGUGUUCCGCGUGGGGCCCUUCUUCGCCAUCGCCUCGGGCCUCACCGAGGAGAUCGUCUCGCGCUGCACCAUCCAUGCCCUGAUCAUUGGCGUCGUGACGGCGCUCGCCUCAGGCGCUGCGGGCGCCAUCGCCGUUCUGGGCGGCAACACGGGCUCCCUGGCGGGCGUCGCCAUCUCAGCCUCCUUGCUGCCGCCGGCGGUGAACGCGGGCCUGCUGUGGGCCCUGGCCUUUGGCACUCGCGUCCUGGAUCGCGACCACGAGCUCAUCCAGAGCCUGAGCAAGCACCACGAGUACUCGAACGAUCUGGAGACCGAGCUGCUGAUCUGUGCUCUGGUCAGCAUGGCCCUGGCCCUCGUCAAUGUCAUCUGCAUCUGGGUGACGGGCGUCAUCGUGCUGCUCAUUAAGGAGGUGACGCCGGCUAUGCAGCGGAACCAGAAGUUCUGGCGCCACGACAUCCGCACCGCCCGCAAGGCCGCCCAUCAGGAGCCGGAUCUCCAGGAUGCCAUCAAUCGGUGGGAGGAGCGGAGCCAGAGCCCGAUGCAGUUCGAUUUAGAGGCGCCGCAUUACCAGCACACCUGGUCCCCCGGCAUGGACCGAGUGCACCUCAGGGAGCAUCAGCAGAGCAAUUAUCACACGGUCCACGGCUUCCACGAGCUCUGCUUUACCCUGCAAAAGCUCAAACAGGAUCAGGUGACGGCUGUUCUUGGCACGGGGCAGAGGGGCAGCUCCACGGGGCCGAGUGUAAUGGAACUCUUCGAAAGUAUUAGGCAGGAGAAGGCACAGAAAUCAGUCGCGCCAAAGGCAACACGCUCAGAGACAGCUCUGACCAGGACGGCGACAGUUGGGGAGCGGCCGAGUACUAGCCAUGGGCUAACCUCGACCACGGCCUCACCUCCAGAUCGUGCGCUGCGACUGCUGCCCCUCGGCAAAGCCUCCACUCUAGAGAAGGACGACACGGAAGCCUAGCUCGGGGUUCGCUCUAGAGUUA